GUCCCUUCAGUUCUUUAUUGUCCAUAAUCUGACAAGGCUUUAGGUUAGCCACAAGAAAUUUGUCAUGAAAAUUAAAGACAGUUACGGGGAAGAUGGAAAUUUGAGCAAUAUGAACACUUGCAGUUUUUCAGACAAGAUUGGGUUUGCCUCAGCUGCUACCACAACAUUUCAGAUAAGUGAGCCUCGAAGCCAAAGAAAGCCAUCCACAUGCUGUGCUCAGGUGGCCCUCAGCAUCUACCUGCUGCUGCUGACGGCCGGCCAGGGACUGCUGGCAUACAAAGUGUUUAAGAUGCAGAAAGAGAUAUUGAAAUUCCAAGAACCAAAUACCUCCUAUGCAGAAGAGUUUCUGGAAAGCUCUUUUGCCGACAAACUGGUUUUGGAGAGAAACUCUGCCAGGAUGCACAUAAGACUUGAAGAAAACUGGAGGAGAACCUUAGAAGAGGAAAUCACCUUAAUUAAAAGGAGCAAUGCAAACCUGAUGAUGCUGAUGAACAACAUCACCCUGGUUGCAGGGCCUCCUGGACGCAAAGGAGAUCCUGGUCCACCAGGGCUACAGGGACCACCGGGAACAAAGGGAGAACGAGGAAUCCAAGGCUUACAUGGACUGCAGGGUGCGAAGGGGAGCAAAGGAGAUCCUGGUCCUGCUGGUCCAAGUGGUGAAACAGGAAUGAAAGGAGAAAAAGGAGAGAUGGGGUUUGCAGGUCUCCAAGGACAAAAAGGUGAAAUGGGCAAAAAGGGAGACCCUGGGCCUCGUGGACCCGUGGGUCCCCAGGGACAGCAAGGAGUCCCAGGACUGCCAGGUUUCACUGGUAGCACGGGGGAGCCUGGACAUCCUGGGCAGAAAGGACAGGCAGGCGCAACCGGACAACCUGGACCUAAGGGAAGUCCUGGCCUCGAAGGCAGACCUGGUCAGAAAGGGGAAAAGGGGGACCACGGGCCCAGUGGUAGUCCAGGAGUGCCAGGCACUGCAGGACUCAGGGGCGAAAAGGGAGACAAAGGACUAACAGGUCUUCCAGGACCAAAGGGAUCAAAGGGAGACCAGGGCAUACCAGGUUUCACAGGCCUAACUGGUCAAAAAGGAAGCAAGGGCGAUUAUGGCAGUCAAGGUCCAAAAGGAGAACCAGGAGUAAAAGGAGCCAAGGGAGACCGUGGAUUCUCUGGUUCCCCAGGAACGAAAGGGAGCAAAGGUGAAAAGGGAGAAGACAACUUAAAUCAUUUUAUACGAAUCGCGGAAGGGGGCAGAAGGGGCCGCGUGGAAAUCCUUCAUCAAGGGACCUGGGGAACAAUAUGUGACGAUGGCUGGAGCACGCAAGAUGCCACUGUGGUCUGCCGAAUGCUGGGGUACAGCCAUGCGGUCUCCGCCUUCACAGCCACAGCAGGCACUGGACAAAUUUGGCUUGAUGACGUGAAUUGCAGAGGGAAUGAAUAUUCAAUUUUCGACUGUCCAAAGCCUGACUGGGGUGUGAACAACUGCUCCCACAGCGAGGAUGCUGGCGUGGAGUGUGCUUGAUGGGACACAGAGGCUGCCCUGGGAGCCGCUGCCUGCCUCUGCUCUCCAUGGGGCUCUUCUUCAUAACACAAACCCACUUUCAUCAGGCUGUGCUUAUAAUAUCUUUACUAGGUCAUAAAAAUAUUGACAGAGAAAGUUGAAUUUCCCAUAAAUUGAUAACGGCUGCAAGACCCACAGGUAACCUGAAAUAUCUCAGCUGUCAUGAAACAACUGGAGCUCAGGCACAGGAGGCAGUUCACAGCUUUUCCAGUUACCUGACAUCAGCUCAUCCGUAGUAGCUCACACGUGUGCGACCUCUAAGUCCAUAGGGGAGGAGGGAUGGUCCUCUUUAGCUUAGUGCAGUAAGAGAGAACAGGAUCAGUGCGCAGAGACAGGCAGUUACUGCAGCUGAGCUGGCUAGUCCAUCUUCAUCACAGCACAGUUGUGAAUCUGAGCCUAAAACCCCCAGUGAAGUGCAUACACCCAAGACAGCAGAUGCUCAGAAAUAAGUGGCUGGGACUCAGGUGCUAUACUAUCCUGAUUUAGCAUAGACCCCAUUUUUGACCCUGGCCAAGUCCUCUGCCUUCUCUGUCAGUGUUUUCAGACCUCUCCCCAGGAACAAUACGCCUUAUCUUAUCUGGUGUAUAAAGCUAAGUCUUUCAUACCUUUAGAAAUUAGAUGCUCCAAUAAAGCAAAGGGAUGAGAAACAAAAGCAAUAAUGGGAAAGUAUCAACUAAUUAAACUUCCAGAGUAAAAAUACAGACCUUAAACCAAAGGCUUCUACCUUAAUUGAAAGUCUUAUAUGUGUGUGAGAUAAUAACUGAAAGGUUUCUCUUUCUUAAGGCCUAAGUCUUCUCUUUUUCUACAAGCACAGGGCAUUCAGCAGGUGACAAGUAGCCUGUGUACAUGUAGCUGGGCACAUCGCAACAACCUGCUUGUGGCCAUUUGAUUUAAAACAUCAAAAAUACAUGUAACUUACCCCACACUUAAUGUGAGUCAUAAUUACAUUUAUCUACACAGCUUCAAAACUUGCUUUUAGUGCUUAGAAAUCCAGAUAUACAUGGAAAAACCAAGCAGUGCUGGUAAGAGCAGGAGGCAAUGGGGCAUCCAGGGCUGAUGUGAAGACCCAGAGGUGUGCAGGGUGCAGCAGUGCUGCCUGCAACAAAGCUCAUUACCAUUUUGAACCAGAGGAAAUAUUUGUUAUGGGGUCUCAGGCCUCAGGAAAGAAGUCUGGAAAAUCCAAAGAGUUUUCCACUGCCUACCCUGAUGCCUUCAACAACAGGAAAAUGGAGAGAUGCUUAUCAUUCCUGUCUCUGGUUUAGAGGAGGCAAGGAGCACCUGAUACAAACCAUGGGUUUUGGUAUGAAUAACAACUAUUUCAGAGCUGGUGGAAGCAGACAGUGGAUCAUCUGUAUGAGAAGAGACAAAAGCUUUCUGUUCUGGUAAGGAACCCCACCAGCACUAACAGCACGCUGAGUGCCAGCACUUUGGGCUUAGCUUUGGGCAGGGCUCCCACAGACAGUGCUGAGCCUGCACGAGUUUCCUUCAUCUUUGUUUGUGUGGCAGCAUGUAAAUAAAGCAUUUCCACUGUUAGGAAAUAAAGGA